ACACGGACGGCCAUGUUUCCGAAACACAAACAACAAGACUAGCAAGGCAGCACACACUCAUACAACACACACAGACACUGAUGCGACCGUUGGAGGAAGGCGAGGAAGAACAAAAAAAAUACGACAUUGAGCACGGAGCACGGCUUCCCGGGAUUGUGUCGAUUGGAUGCGUUCGCAAGUGUUCGGAGCGAGCAAUGCGUGCCGAAGCUCGGCUGUAGGCGACGCGGCCCGUUCUGGUGGUUGGGCUUCGAAACAAGCGAAGUGGCGCAGAGCAAAGGAAGACAGGAAGUCACGGCAUUACCUGCAUGGUCUCCGCCAGUCCACAUUUUAGUCGGAGUGAGCGAGAAAGGCGCCAAGAAAAAGGGAAGGGAAGGAAAGGAGAGAGCAAACGGAGAAGAGGAGUGCGGGUCGCGUCUGCUCUUGGCAGCUGUUCCAGCAGCCUGUUGUUAUUGUUAUAAUUUUUUGUUGUUGUUGUUGUUGUCGGCUGUGACUUUUCAAAUGUUCCUGUGUUUCCUUUUUUGACGAACUGGUUCAGGUUAUGACCUUAAAUGUGAGAUCUAACUGCUGUAAAAAUUAAACAACAAAAAGAUAGAGAGAGUCCAGGAGAGAGGGUGGGGGGGGGGGGGAGUACGAGCAAUUACGAUAUAUUUUUUUGUUCCGUUGAUAAUUUCCAAAGUACCUUUUUUUUUUUUUUUUUUCUUCUCCAAUGUUUUACAACCUUAAUCGGCUGUGAGUAGCAGGAGCUUCCAUUCUCCAAUCUGUCGUCAAAGCCUUUUCUUCACCAAGCACGGACUGAUAACCUGGUACCCCUCAAGCACCAACAACUGGCAGCUAUUCUUGUGGAUGUUUUUUUGGGGGUUUUUGUUUGUUUGUUUUGAGGAGGGGGCGCCCUGUGACCACAGUUUAAGCACCACUCAGCCUUCUAGUCACCCAAGCCUAACUUAACCUAGCCAGCUCUAGCCUGGUCCUGCCCAGUCCAGCCUGCUCCGAUAUCUCUGGACAGGAUACUCACUUCUGUGCGGACGUGAGGAAUAUGACUGCUGAGACUCUCAACUUCGGCCCAGAAUGGCUCCGUGCACUGUCCAGUGGGGGGAGUGUGACGUCCCCCCCUCCCUCCCCCGCCAUGCCAAAGUACAAGCUGGCCGACUACCGCUACGGCCGAGAGGAGAUGUUAGCACUUUAUAUCAAAGACAACAAGGUCCCGGAGGACAUGCAGGAUAAGGAAUUUGCUGCUAUUCUCCAAGAUGAGCCCAUGCAGCCGCUGGCACUGGUGCCUCUCACUGAGGAGGAGCAGAGGAACUUCUCCAUGUCUGUGAAUAGCGUGGCUGUACUCCGGCUCAUGGGAAAGGGGGCGGGCGGAGCCGCCCCAGCCGGAGCGGUCCGAGGACGAGGCGCCGCACGAGGCAGCAGGGGCCGGGGCCGCGGCGAAGGUGGAUUCUACCAAAGAAGUAUUGAAGAUGCUGAGGUUGGUUUCGGUCGAAGCUCCAGAGAGAUACAUCGUAGCCAGAGCUGGGACGACCGAGGUGAGCGUCGAUUUGAGAAGCCGCUGCGACGGGAGGGGGGCCGUCCCGGCUUUGAGGAGUCUGCGGGCGCCGGGGGCUCCGGGAGGAAAGAGUACACAAGGGCUGACAGCGAUAACUGGCGCACCCUUCGGGAAGAGCAGGAGGGGGAAGAGGCCGAGCCGGGAAGCAAUUGGAGAGUCGCUGGACCCCGCAGGGACGAUGGCGGUCCCCGCUCAGCAGGCUGGCGGGAUCACGGCGGUCCAGGGGAGAGUCGCCGUCGUAAGUUCGAUUUUGACUUCGGCGGCUCCGAGAACCCGAGCAGUGGCCGCCGGCGUGCCGGCAGCGAGGGGCCGGAGGACGACAGGGACGGCCUGCCUGAGUGGUGUAUGGACGAGGAGGAUGGCGGAAUGGGAACGUUUGACUCGUCUGGCGCAUUCAUGCCUCUGAAGAAGGGUGGCAAGGAGACAAUCCUGGAGGAGGAGUUGGACUUCAAGGGCAUUGAAGAGGAGGAAGAAGAGGAGAGUCUUCCUGAUGUGGAGCGGAACAGUGGUGAUGGAGACAAAGACAAGGAGAGUAAGGAAGCCACGUCAGUUGCAGUCGACGUGGAGGCAAAGCCAGCGCCGCCUUCCUCCUCCCCGCCUGCCCGUUGUGCUCCUCCAUCCCUGGAGCCCCAGCCAAGCAACAGCGGGCCAACAGUGGACAGCCCUCAACUGAGCAACAGCCACCCUUUAAAGGAUAGUAGCCCACCAAGUGAAGAUGUGGCUCUGGUUGUAGGAUCCAAGACCCAGGUGAACCCAAACACUGCCUCCUCCUCAGCGCUGCCUCCACCACCCCCAUCUUCUGCUGCUCCCCUCCUCCCCCAGUCCGGGGUCGGAGACACUGAGGAUGAUGAGGGCAUGAAACACCUGCAACAGGAGGCAGAGAAGAUGGUGGCGUCACUCCAGGACACCUCUUUAGAAGAAGAGUGUUUUACGCAGGCUCUGCAGCAGGAGAGCAGGAACACCGCAGCCGCUCUGCCUCUGUCGCACGAGGCCGCCAUGAAGUGGUUCUACAAGGACCCACAGGGAGAGAUUCAGGGUCCAUUUACCACCGUGGAGAUGUGCGAGUGGUUCCAAGCUGGCUACUUCACCAUGACCCUCCUGGUCAAGCGGGGCUGCGACGAGGGCUUCCAACCCCUGGGCGAUGUCAUCAAGAUGUGGGGCCGUGUGCCUUUCGCCCCGGGGCCCUCCCCGCCGCCCCUGCUGGUGAGACAGCCACCACCAACGCAGCGCCCGCAGCCCACCCGGGGGCCCGCCGGGACUGUGAGUCAGAGCUCAGCCAACAUAGACGAUGGGAAGGGGUGGAUGCAGAAGGGAGGGAAGAUGGAUAGACAGGCCACGGGAAACCUGGACCAGGAGCGUCUGAAAAAACAGCAGGAGCUGGCAGCGGCAGCUCUUUAUCAGCAGCUCCAACAGCAGCAGUUAUUCCAGCUCAUUAACCGGUGCAGUGAGCAGGGUAUGAUGCCUUCGAUGAACAGGUCGAUGUCAGUGCCAGAUACAGGGUCCAUGUGGGACAUGCAUACCUCAGCUUCACAGCCGUCAGGUGGUGAAGCCAGUCUUUGGGACAUAACAAUGAAUCCUUCUACUCAGGGUCCAACUCUGGAACAGCUUCAAAAGCUGCAGCAGGAGAGGCGAGAUGCUGAACUCAGGGCAAAGCGGGAGGAGGAGGAGCAACGGAAGCGGAGGGAGGAGAAGAGGAGGCAACAGGAGGUACAAAAGCGAAGGGAGGAUGAGGAGCUCUUCAGACGCAAGCAGCAGCAGGAGCUGAUCAUGAAGCUACUGCAGCAGCCCCCCCAGCAGCAGGGGCCGGUGUCAGGCAGCUCCGGCUGGAGUGGGGCUUCUUCCUCUGGGCUGUCUAAAACGGGGAAGUCCCAAACUCUGUCUCUGCUGGAGAUGCAGCAGGAGACCGAAAGGCUCCUGAAGCAGCAGCAGCAACAACAGAGAGCCCAGCAGCAGAGGGAGAGGCACUCGGGCAUGUCGAUGGGGAGUUCCUCCAUGGGAAGCCAGUGGAUGGACAGCGUGGGCAUCUGGGGAGGGCCUGGGGGCAUGGAGGGAAAAGGCGGAAGCGGCGGCAUGGGCAUGUGGGAAGAGGCCGUGAAGAACCAGGCCGGCCUGCGCGGCAACGGCAACAACAACCUGGGCUUGAAGAACAGUUGCAGCAGCCCUUCACUCAGGUUUGAGCAGUACAUGAUGCGUCGGAAGCGGACGGAUGAGGAGGAGAAGCUGCUGAAGCUGUUGCAGGGCAUGAAGCCCCAGGACGGCUUCACCACCUGGUGUGAGCAGAUGCUGCACGCACUCAACACCUCUGCCAGCAACUCCUCUUCUCUGGAUGUUGCUACGAUUGUGGCCUACCUGAAGGAGGUGGAGUCUCCCUAUGCAGUGUUGGAGUUCAUCCGGUCCUACCUGGGGGACACAGUGGAAGCCAAAGAGUUCGCCAAACAAUUUCUGGAGCGACGUGCCAAACAGAAAGCCAACCAACAGAGACAGCAGCAGCAGCUAUCAAAGGAAGUGGCUGGCCUGAACAUGAACUUCCCUCUGCAGGACUCGAUGCGAGGCAUGAACGCAAGCGCCCUGCAGUCCAUGUUCCAGGCCGGCCACAUGGGCAAGACUGGUCUCUAUGACAACCAAGGAGGGAAAAUGAAAAAGAAACAGCCCAUGAUGCUGCACUCUGAUCCCAGCAUCUUAGGCUACUCAUUCCACAGUACGGCCGAGUGUCUGAGCCUGAAUGAGAUGGAGAUGGUGGAGGAUUACUGAUGUGACGCAGCGCAGCAGCAAUAGCUACCUGAGGCCUUCUUUGUCUUUUUAAUCAGACAAACCUGAUGACGAAUGUGCACUGCUAGGGGAACCCAGGGGGUGGGGACUGUAAGCGGGGGCGGCCGAACGGUGGGGGGGGUACGAGGUGGCCGGGGGUUGUGGCUGCCGCUCCUCACACGGUUGGGACAAAAAAAGGGGCUCCCUGCUGCACCACUUGAGCAGGGGCAACAGGGGGGUGGGGUGUGCGUUUCAAAGAAACAUGGGUAUCCUCUGGCACUCAACAUUUUAAGCACCUUAUACUGAACUAAUGCACUUUAUCGAGAUGGGAUUUGAAUAUUUCUUUUCGUCUGUAUGUUUGCGUGUGUGCGUGUGUUUGCGUGCGUGCAUGCUCAGAAUCAAGUGUGCAUGCGGUAUGCGUGCAUCACAACUGGAAGUGUUAACACGGACGGGGGUCUUUGGGUGGGGUAGGGGUGAGCGUUUCAAAGUCAGGGGGACCUUUUUAAGUUGAGAGCAAAUCCUUUUCUCGAAAGACAAACACUGUUGAUAUUUCUGUUUCGCUUUUUUUUUUUUUUUUUUUUUUUUACAUUUGUAUAAAAAAAGUAAAGCUAUUGAAAAACGGAAUAUAAAAACUUGAAGAUUUGCACUUGCCUAGAAAAAAAGAAAAUAAAACAAAAAAAAGGGGGGGUAGUCAUAGAAAUGGAUAUUUUUUGUGAAUGUGUGUGAAAGACUAAUGUGUGAUUGGUUGAUUCUUGUCAGUAAUAUACCAGUGUGCACAGGUUUUUUUUUUUUGUUUUGUUUUUUUUAAGUUGCUUACCAAGAUGUGUGAGACAAAAGUGGCCAUUCUUGAGUUGUUCUGUUGUUCGGUUUAUUUUGUACUCAUGUUCGUGUGCGUGUGUGCGCGCGUUGAGUAAGAGAGAGGGCAAUUGCACAACACAUCCUUUCUCUUAGCAGCUCUUUAUCCCCCACUUGGGUGAUAAACUCCCUCGGUUGUGUUUGAAUGAUCGGGGAAUUGAGGCGACGACGAUUGCGGGCUUGUGUGUGAUUGUUCAUUUUGCUGUUGAAAGAAAUGAGUCCAGACUACAGGUACUCAUUUUGAAAACUGUGCUUUUGUGUGUUUGUGUGUAUGAAUGCACAUUUGUGCCUAAGAACUUGGAUCGGGUGCGUGGCCAUUGAGACAUUAGCUCUUUUUCAGAGUGAGUGUGACGUGUGUCAGUGCUCAGCACAGUGUAUGUCAAGCGUAUGUUUUUUAAAAAAUAUAUACAAGUAUAUAUAAAUGUAUCGUUGAUGUUUGUAGUUCGGUCAAGGGGUGAUCCAUCGGACGGUUAGCGGGGUGCGAUCACGUUGCCUUUUUGUCAGCUCUCGAACUUGUGAAUGAAAGGUGUCGAGGUUUUGACUCAUGAGGAAAAAAAACAAACAAAAAACAAGAUUACAGCAUCUUAACGGUGCAUGUAAGUUAGCAUUAUGUUACUUGGUCGUUGUUGCAAUUUCAGAAUGACGAGUUUUUUUUUUAUGAGAAAUAUAUACGAAUAUAUACAUUAUAUACAAAGUUUAAAAAGUAUUUGGACUAAGAUAAUGAGCACUUGGGGCUGCUAUUUCUGUUGUUUGUUUUUUGUUUUUUUUUUCUUACGUUGUGAUACAUUUUUUGUUUCAUUCUCGCCAUGUGAAGUGUAUUUCUUUCUUAAGAAAAUAUUGAAUGUAUUCCAAAAAAUGACAACAAACCCGUGCUGAUUUUUUAUUUUUUUUCCUCAGAAGAUUUCAAAAGUGGAAACAAAAUACAAGAAAGCUUCAGAGGUUUUUUUUUUUUUUUUUUUUUUUAAUUACACAGUGGAGGAAAAAAACCAAACUGUGGAUAGAUACAGUUGAACACGCUGCCUCUACAAUCCUGAUCGUACAAAUGGUGACUAAGAAUUAAAAGAGGACGAUUUCUAUUCCAUACUGGAGCUUUGGUUUACAAACCACAUGGAUAUCAGUGGGUGCAUUUUAAAAAAACAAAAAAAAAACAAAAAAAAAAACAAUUUCCCAUGUCUUUUUUUUUUUCUUUUUGAUUCCCAUGUAAAAUGGGCGGGGUUUGCAAGUGUGCUUCUGCCAUUAUGGACAUUGAGUGCUGUUCUUGAGGAAAAAUGGACAAUAUUGCUGCCGACUUGGAGCUUUUAGGGACUGCGAUGCCAAGGAUUGACCUCCAUUGUUUUCAGAUAUAUAUAUAUAUUUUUUUGUGGAAUGGAGUGCAGGGCGACGCCAGUCGGAGAAGGAAGUAAGAGGCAAUACGAGUCCCGGGCUCAGUCCUCGCCAGCACUCACCCUGCCCUAACCAACUCACCUAUGCACUUUUGUUCACUUCAAGCUGUGAGGUACCAUUUUUUUUUUGGGAGACGGGAGCACAACGGGAGGAUGGUGGCAUCACUGAAAAGAAAUUCCCAAACUGAACUGAAAGACUGGAGCCUCCUGUACAUAACAAUAUUUUUCUAUCACCUUUCAGAGUAGACUAUGACUAUGGCUUUGGAAAAGAUGAAGGAAAACUCAUGACAUGCCAUUUAUGUCGGAGUGAAUGUUUUUUGGGAGAAAAAGAAACAAACAAAAAAACAUUUUGGGCCUUUUUUUUUUUUUUUUUUUUUUUUUUUUAAAUUUUUUUAAAUAACCCUGGAGUCAAGCAAGUGGAAUGGAAAAGAAAAAAACGUUGCAGCUCCCAAAGUCUGAACAUUUGGCACUGGAGUUUGCCUCUGUGCUCUUUCUUGUCAACCAGAUGAAGCCGACCCAGCGAACUCAAAAACCUUGGGUGCGGCUUCCCGGACAGACCAAGCAGAACUGAGGACUGCGGAAUCCCAUCUGUGACCCAUGGCCAUCAUCGACCCACCUCGGACAGGCUGCUCCGAAUGAACCUACUACCAGCAGGUCCUGUUUGGAUGGCGAGGACAAAAGCCUGUUUGGCUUCCAGUAGGUGAGAAGCCACCACGAAGCUCUGCAGCCGUGGAUUUGGGCGGACUGAAGACUUGUACAAAAAAAAGAAAAACCAAGACUCUACACAUCAACACUUUGCUCCAUGUCACACAGAUUCUACAGUCCAAAGGAGGUGGACACACACUCACACACAUCAGUUAAAGUGGGGCUUUGUAAAUAAUGUACAUUUGUAUGUUUUGAUUAUUUUUUGUUUUUGUUUCCUCCCCUCCUGACUUUUGCUUUAAUUCCCCAGUUCAACAUGCCUUAAAAAAAAAAAAAACAGCAACUGUACAGUCGUGUUCCGAAUGGCUUUCACUGACAAUGUUCCUGAAUUCGAGUUGGACAAAUUGCACAACAACGCUUUUGUACCAGGCUUUCUGGUUAUCAAGAACAGAGCAACAAGCUUUUCUUGACUCAUGUAUGUAUAUACUUUUUGGGAUGGUGUUUGGCUUUUUUCCUUUUUUUUGGGGAGGGGGGGGGGGGUCACCGUUUUUUGUUUUUCUUUCAGUGAAGAGUUAGUGUUGUUUAGAUGCGCAUUUGGUGCAGACUGAAUUAAAGGGUUGAAGUCUGUACUGUUUGGAGCUGAGCUGAAAGAGCGGAAGGUGAAUCAGAUUUGUUGCCGUGUGACCAAAUAUCAAUAAGCAAUGUAAAUGUUUCAGCCAAAUUGAACCACAUCAUCCUCAAAUUGAGAUUUUGGGGGGAUUAGAAUUUAAACGUGUACUUUUAUCACUCUGAGAUGCUGACUUUUUGUGUCCUGUAUUUGAUGCAUGACUUGGAGCAAAGUGCAUAUGACACCGCUGUGUUUUGGUGCCCAAAUUUGACCUCAGGUGACACCAAAUGGACAACAAAUGCUCGAUAAUCAGAUUUAAAAGAUUUACGCUUCCAUUUCCAGUGAUUUCAGAUCUACUUUGAAUUAACAGCAUUGUAGAUUGGUAACUUGCACGACAUCGGAUACUUGUCGGUUUUGACUGAGCUAAAAGGUUUGAAAACCAAACUUUAAGCACUACAGUCGAUCAGGUAAAAACGUUUGUUUUUAUUUAAUAUAAAGCACAGCACAGCGUUGGUCUUACGUUGUUGCAGUUCGAUUUGCUGCACUGCCGAUUUUUACGACUAGAUAAACGAUAACAUUUAAGUGUAAGAACGUUGCAUAUCCGAUCGAAAGGUUCUAUUUGGCUUUCAAACAUUGUCCCUCACAUGUUUUAUAACCCAAUCAGCUCAGCUCCUUUUGCUCAAGUCUUUGAAAGUUGUUACAGAACCUUUAUUUUUGGUGGAAAAGGAGCAACUGAAAGAUGUGUAAAUAGUUUGGAUUGUUUUGUUUGAAGAACAAAAUAAAUACUAGCAGUUAGA